AAUGACUCUGAGCAAUGUUUUCCUUUUUAUUCCCCCCCCCCUAGUCUGCCGCACAGCGUCAAGGCCAGCCUGUCCCUUUCUCCGACGGGGCCGGGACGGGUGGGCAGCGGCGGGGGCUCUCCCACAUCCAAAAUAGCCCCGGGCGAAGUCGGCGUGCCUGUGGAAGACAUGCAAGCCCUUGCCAUCACCUCGCUUUCCGCUGCCGACGUAGCCAAACAAUUUGAGCAGAUCCGCGAGCUGGGGAAGGGCACGUAUGGGAAAGUGGACCUGGUGGCGCACAGAAACCAAGGCACUAAAAUGGCGCUGAAAUUUGUUACUAAAAACAAGACCAAGCUGAAGAGUUUCCUGCGGGAGUACAGCCUCACCGGUUCGCUUAGCUCAAGCCCGUUCAUCAUCAAAGUCUUGGACGUGCUCUUUGAGACGGAGGACUGCUAUGUAUUUGGACAAGAAUACGCUCCCGCCGGGGACCUUUUCGACAUCAUUCCCCCACAGAUGGGCCUGCCAGAAGAAAUGGUCAAACGAUGCAUGCAACAACUUGGCCUGGCCCUGGAUUUCAUGCACAGCAAAAACUUGGUGCACCGGGACGUCAAGCCAGAAAACGUGCUGCUGUUCGACCGCGAGUGUCGCCGCAUCAAACUGGCCGACUUCGGCAUGACCCGGCGGGUGGGCUGCCGCGUGAAAAGGGUGAGCGGGACCAUCCCCUACACGGCCCCGGAGGUGUGCCGGGCCAGCCGCACCGAGGGCUUCUUGGUCAACACCAGUCUGGACGUGUGGGCGUUUGGAGUUCUGGUCUUCUGCAUGCUCACAGGUAACUUCCCAUGGGAGGCCGCCUUGCUAACAGACACCUUCUAUGAGGAGUUUCGACGCUGGCAGAAAGCUGGAUGUCCCGUGGGAACAUAUCCGUCUCAGUGGCGCCGAUUCACUGACGACGCCCUGCGAAUGUUCCAAAGGCUUCUCGCCGCAGAGCCGGAAAAACGUUGCGGGGUCAAGGACGUCUUCUGCUUUGUCAAAUACGACCUGGUGAGCGAGCUCAGGCGCAGAGCCUCGUACCGCGCAAAGAGAGGCGAACGGUCCAGCUCGGGGGUGUGCACUGGCAACUGCACUUCAUCUUCAUCCAAUUCUUCCUCCUCACGCACCUCCCACAGACAUCCAGAGCCUUCCACACCUCCUGGAAGCUCCUGCCUUCGCCCAGCUCCCCUCAAACGGAGUGUCCUCUCCGACCCCAGAGAGGAGGCUGGACAGCAGCAGGCUGCAGGACGGGACAAGAACAAAAGCCAGAUGGUGAUGGCCACUGCCAUUGAAAUCUGUGUGUAACUAGCUGGCUUUUCAAUGUUUUGGCAAAGUGUUCUCUAUAUUAAGGCCAACUUAAAAGGCAAUUUAAGAGAAAAUUUCAGACCACAUAGGAAACAAACUUCAUCCAUCAGGAGCUUGGACCUGGCUAAAAGCCUUUUAGGUUUGGGAUUCAUGGCCAAGGGCAGCUGAGAAAGCGUGUUACCAUGCCAAGAGAGGCGAACGGUCCAGCUCGGAGGUGUCCACUGGUGACUGCAUUUCAGCUUCAUUCACGUUUUCUUCCUCCUCACAGACCUGCCAAUAACACUCGUAGCCUUCCAUGCCUCCUGGAACCAACUGCCUUUGUCCAGGUCCCCUCAAACAUCUACCCCAGAGAGGAGGGAGGACAGCAACACCCUCCGGGAUGGUACAUGAACAAAAUCCUGAAGCUGACGGCCACUGCCACUGAGAUCUGUGUGUAACUGGAUGGCUAGUAACUGUCUUAGCAAAGUGAUCUCUAUAUUUAAAGUCCAUAAUAAAAGGAAGUUUGAAAGAGUAGCUCAAAUCACAUUGGAGAUAAAUUUCAUCCAUCAGAAACCAGUACUCAAAACCUGAGCUCAAAGCUCAUAGCUUCUAAUAGAGCUUCAUCUCUGAUCCCAGAGAGCAGGAAGGGCAGAAACAGUCUCCAGGACCGGACAAGAAGAAAAGCCAAAUCGUGAUGGCCAAAACCACUAACAUCUUUGUGUGAGCACACUUCCAUUCACCAGUUUUCUAUAUAAGUCAUAAUCUGUUCAGGGUCGGUCAAGGAGCUGGAGCCUGUCAAAGGUGAAUCCAGCCAAAAGGCGAACAACAUCAGAGGAUUGUUUGCCAGCCAGUCGCGGGGCACAUAGUGAGACAGACAACUAUUUAUACAUUUGGAUCUGUCACUGAACUGUACCAACUUUCACUGCAUUAAAGUCAGGGAACUGUACCACUGCAGAAUCAGUGACUCGUAAGCACACUUGAGUAACUAGAUGGCUUUUCACAGUCACGGCAAAGUGCUCGGCAUUCUCAAACUGAAGAAGCUCAAGAUAACGCUAAAAUCCAUCAGUACCGGAGACCCAGGACCAGGAUUCAUGGUCAAAGUGUACCUCUUCCUGGCGUAUUUACCACAGACGCCCGAAGCUUUCCAGACUUACUGCCUUUGCCCCUGAAAUGAACCAUCCUUUUCGCCCCCUGAGAGGCCGCUGGACAGCACUAGUCUCCAGGACAGGAACAAGAACAAAAUCCAGAUAGUGAUGGCCAGCAUUACGAUGUGAGAUAUUCUGCAGACUUUGGCAGCGCACGCCAAACAAGUGAUUCCCCCCAGCACUGUGGUUGUGGUGCUAAUAAACACAUAAUCACAUUUGCUCACUUUAUAGGAGAGGUUCUAAAACCUUUUGGGUCAGGGAUCCCCCUCAGUAUCCUAACGGCAACCGAUUAAACAUAAUUACCAGGUGCAAAUGAUACAAGUGGGGAUACCAGUUUCAGAACCGCUGCUUUUCAGUAUCUCAUCUCACUUCAGAGGCCUCAGAUGACUCAGAGGCCAGUGAUUUUGGAGCAACAGCGUUUGGCUUCAUCAUCCAGUGCAUUACCAGACUUAAGUUCAGAAAAUAGACCUCUAUGUAGCAGUUUGUGCGGGACACGUUUUCUCGUGUCUCAGACGUGUGCAUCACCUCAGGACACUUGAGUGGAUCACUUCCCAUUUUACUAGUAAUCUAUUCCGGUAAAUCCAUUGUAUGCAGGUGUCGGAGUGCUGAUCUCCAUUUACAGGAACAUUUUAUGAGCGCAGAGGUGUGAAAAAAAAUUUUUCCUUUUUCUACUCGUGUGUGUGUGUGUGUGUGUGUGCGUGAGCUGCGAACAGGAAAGCACAAUAUGUUUCUAAAAGUAAGCGGACUCUCGCUUCAUAUUGUAGAUGCAUUUGGUAUUUUAAAAAGUGCUUCGUAAUAUCAGGUAGUUCAACUAUGUAGCUGUACUCGUUUUCUAAAUCAGGGGAAUUUGUCACCGUCAGGUCAACACGUUGUAUGUAGCAACUCGAUGGGACAGAAUGUACAGUUCAAUGCAUCACUAGAGAUACUCUAAUAAGAACUUAUGAUGGUGUUUAACCCAGUAGCUGCUACUUGUUCUCCUGUGAGCGCUUUGUCUGAUUUGAAUUGCUGGCCGCGGUGUGUGACUCAGUGUUGGGUUUGUAGAAACCGAACGCUUUGUUUUCACCUACGGUUGAUUUCAUUUCGAAAACUGCCCGGGGUAUACUCCAUGUAUAUGUAACUUGAGACUUUGGUCCAAAUUUGUUUGAAACACCACACUCGUGUUGAUCUAUCAGUUCUUAAUCUGUGGUGUGUUCUUUUGAUGACGAGUUUCAAAAUGAUGUUUACAAAAAAACAUGCAAUGGAGGGUGAUCGGCGAAUUGGCUGUUACGGUAUUACGUACGGAGUUGACUUGGCACAAUCCUACACUUUGCUUUUCUGACGAGUGUCAACAGCGGUUUUAGUUCACCUGUUAUAGGGAUGGAUUAAGGUUGACACAACCAACGUCUUGGCAAGGGAUUAAAAAGUGUGCUAAUAUUUUACUGUGUAUCAGAGACGCACAGCUACAGUACGUACAAAAAGUAUUCACAGCUAUUAAAAAAAAUCUCAAA